CCCUGGUCCUAGAUCCAGAAAGCUAGGAAAGCGUGGCCCGGGCUGCCACCAUUUAGAGACGUCAACGUCAAAGGCAAUGCAUUUGUUCCGGGCUCCGGCUCCAGGACUCGGGAGUUCCCUGCGGGAGUGCAGUGGUGCUGGCUGCUUUUCUGGCCUCCGAACGCGUAGGGGCGCUGUGAGCGCGUGGCCUCUCGGCACAGACCUGGGCGUUCAUUGCCGAGCGCACAUCCUGGGCUGUCGCCGUACCCACGUGUGAGUUUGCCGGGCCGCAUUAUCGAGAAAAAUGCCGAAAUUCAAAGCGGCCCGUGGGGCUGGGGCUCAGGAAAAACACGCGCCCCUGGCCGAGCAGAUCCUGGCUGGGAACGCGGUGCGGUCAAGUGCCCGGGAAAAGCGGCGGGGCCGCGGAACCGGGGAAGAGGAGGAAGAGUAUGUGGGGCCCCGGCUGAGCCGGCGGAUUUUGCAGCAAGCACGGCAGCAACAGGAGGAGCUGGAAACCGAGCACGGCUCUGGGGACGGGCCCGCCAAGCCUCGGGAGCGCGCCACGCGGCUGGGUCCUGGAGUGCCACAGGAUGGGUCAGACGAUGAGGAUGAGGAGUGGCCCACCCUGGAGAAGGCUGCCACGAUGAAGGGGGUAGACCACCAUGCAGAGGUGGUCGUGGACCCUGAGGAUGAGCGUGCCAUUGAGAUGUUCAUGAACAAGAACCCUCCUGCCAGGCGCACCCUGGCCGACAUCAUCAUGGAGAAGCUGACUGAGAAGCAGACGGAGGUCGAGACGGUCAUGUCAGAGGUGUCAGGCUUCCCUAUGCCCCAGCUGGACCCCCGGGUGCUGGAGGUCUACAGGGGGGUCCGGGAGGUGUUGUCUAAGUACCGCAGCGGGAAACUGCCCAAGGCCUUUAAGAUCAUCCCUGCACUCUCCAACUGGGAACAGAUCCUCUAUGUCACAGAGCCUGAGGCCUGGACUGCAGCUGCCAUGUACCAAGCCACCAGGAUUUUUGCUUCUAACCUGAAAGAACGCAUGGCCCAGCGCUUCUACAACCUCGUCCUGCUCCCCCGCAUACGAGAUGACAUCGCUGAAUACAAACGACUCAACUUCCAUUUGUACAUGGCGCUCAAGAAGGCCUUGUUCAAGCCUGGAGCCUGGUUCAAAGGGAUCCUGAUCCCCCUGUGCGAGUCAGGCACUUGUACUCUCCGGGAAGCCAUCAUCGUGGGCAGCAUCAUCACCAAGUGCUCUAUCCCUGUGCUGCACUCCAGCGCGGCCAUGCUGAAAAUCGCCGAGAUGGAAUACAGUGGUGCCAACAGCAUCUUCCUACGACUGCUGCUGGAUAAGAAGUACGCACUGCCCUACCGCGUGCUGGAUGCCCUGGUCUUCCACUUCCUGGGGUUCCGGACAGAGAAGCGGGAGCUGCCCGUGCUCUGGCACCAGUGCCUGCUGACAUUGGUCCAGCGCUACAAGGCAGAUUUGGCCACAGAACAGAAAGAAGCCCUCAUGGAACUGCUCCGGCUGCAGCCCCACCCACAGCUCUCCCCCGAAAUCAGGCGGGAGCUUCAGAGUGCAGUCCCUCGUGACGUAGAAGAUGUCCCCAUCACCAUGGAGUGAGGAAGACGGUCACCUGUCCUGGUCCAGUGGGCAUGGGAGGACACCAGGUCCCCUGGGUGACUGAAGAUGACACUGAGCUUUUUAUGCCUGAAGACCAGGGCAGUGACAAGGUCACAGGGCAUCUGUGGCUCCCAGGCCGGGCAGGGUGGCCUGAGAGUCUGUUUGGCUCCCUCCUCUCUUCUAGGCCUUCGUCCCUGCUCCCUUGGUGAGCUGAUGUGAUCCACAGCCCAGCAUUCCCACUCCCCAGCUGGGGCUUGGUUUAAGCACACCUUCUCCGCCUGUUUUAUCAAGUCACUGGGAAAAACAAAGACGGGUAUUUAUUGAA